AUGGCGCUUCGAGACACCUGGUUGCCACUGCUUAAAGCGCAUGGCCUCAGUCACAAGUUCUUUCUGGCUGGUACUGAGGUCGACGACUUGUCGCAGAUUGACGCGCUGCUGCGACGCGAGCGCGACUUUUUUGAUGACAUGGUCUUCUUAACGGGGACCACGGACGAGUACCCCAUAGGGCGCAAGGGACUUGCAGCUCUUCUCUGGGCAGCGCACAACACUGCAGCCCAGUUCUGGCUAAAAUUUGACGAUGAUUUAUAUGUGCGGCCAAAUCUCCUGCUGAACCGCCUUGCCAGCUUGCAACGGGCCGAGCUGUAUUGGGGCGCAUUCGACUACAGUGGGAUGGUGGUACGAGACCCGUCUGACGCACACUUCACGCCCUACGAUGUUUGGCAAGAACCGGUCUUUCCGGCCUACGCGCGAGGUGCGGCAGUCGCAAUGUCCAUGGAUCUCGUACGCCUGAUCGCUGAGCAUGAGGAGAGGCAGCCUUUGAAGAAGAUCCGGGCCGGAGGGGUCAGAAGUGACUGUAUCAGGGCUACUUACUAG